UUGCCAAGGGAGGAGGGUCGGGACGCGGCUGGCCCCCCGAAGGAGCCCGGCUGGCACCCCCGCUGCGGCAGACGCCGGAAGGAGUGCAGCCUGCCAGUCUUCACUCCCCAAGACAACCCCUUUGGAAAUGUUCCCCAGGAUGGACAACCCAGUUGGCCAUCAAGAAGCUAGAACUGGAGCGACAAGGUCUCAAAGGCCACAAGCUCCCAAGGCCAUGGCAGCUGGUUCCCCUGAGCUGUCUGAGGAGUCCUGGUCAUCCAGCUCAGGGACCCAGUCCCCACUCAGUACCACUGGGGGACAAAAUACCUCUCCACCACUCACCUUAAUUGACAGCGGGGACUCAGUGGUGGCCAAGUACAUAAACAGGUUCCGCCAAGCUCAGCCCACGAGCCGAGAGGAGCGCCAGUCCGCAGGCCCAACCCCAGCUGACUUUUGGUGGCUACAGACCAAGUCGGACUUCAGCAGUUACCUUGCAGCAGCAGGACCCAGUGGACCUAAAGGAAGAGCUGCAGUGACAGGUCCGCCUCCCACUGGGAUGUCCACUUCAUCUCUGGCUUCAGCUCCUCUUGAGAAAGCAAAGCAGAGCCUGAACUCGUGGAACUCGUCUUUGCUGGACCUGGAGACACUGAGCCUACAGAGCAGAGCGACCAAGCUGCUCAAGCGCAGCAAGGCCUCCCUCUCCUCCUCCUCCCUCAGUCCCAGCGAUGCUAGCAGCUUCUUCCCUGUCAACUCUGAUGGCCUCUCUCCCUGCUCUGCGACCUUCAAUCCGGACUCCAUCAAGGGUUCUAGUCCCAAAGAACCUGUCCCGGGAGCAGCCCCAGCACCAUCCCAGGCCACCAUCCCUGCUCCCCACCCAGCCUCCUCCCAGGCAACCCUAAAGCCUGAGGAAGACAUUCUGUAUCAAUGGCGGCAGCGGCGGAAGCUGGAGCAGGCUCAGAAGUUGGAGCAGGCUCAGAAGCUGGAGCAAGCUCGAGGAGGCGAGGGUGAUGGGACCUGGGUGUUGCCUAGGACCCCAGCCAUCAGCACUCAGACUCUUCCUGUCCCUGUCAUGAAUCCAGGUUCCCAGGGGACCCAGCCUAACAGUGCUUCACUAUGGAGCAGUAUGGCCCAGCCUCCUGCCCCAGCGGCCUUCUGUGUGGAGAGGCCUUCCCCUCUUUCUGCGCCCUCUCCACACAUCUGGGCCCCCAGGCCCCCAGGGUUUCUCUGGGCCCCACAAGCCAAUCCCUGGGUCCCGCUCGGGAUGGUUCCUACCCCAAUAUUAGCCUCCCCCCUUGCUCCCCUGGCCUCCUUCCCAGCACCACCGACCUCCAUUCCAACUGCCCCAGCCCCGACACCUGCUCCGCAGGUCUCCGCUCCAGAGCCUCCAGCCCCCACACCACCUCCCUGGGCUUCCACCCCCGCUGCCCCAGCUUCCUCCCUUCCACUACCUGACACCCCUAAGGGGCCAACCACCCCUGAGCUGAAUAGCCCUGCCCAGCCCAAUAAGCCGCGCCCCAAGCCACGGAGGGCCAGCGCUUCUUCGCCUCCCCGGGAGACCACUGGGCCAGACACUGCAGCUUUGGAGGCUCAGAGUUCCCAGCUCAGGGGCGCCCUGGGCCAGGUAGUGACAGCUAGACUGUUCCCCGACAGCUUGGAGGACACGCCUCCUCGCCUUGAGAGCCCGCCUCCACAUGAGGCAGGAUCUCCCAAAGUCCAGGCCACACUUCCACAAGCCCAAGUUCCACCCCCUCCAUCUCAGCGUGAGUGCAAGACAGAGUCCCACACAGCCCUGGCCGCGUCCUCCCCGGACAGAUCCGUGCUUUGGAGAAGUCAAGCCACCCUUUCAGCUGGGGAUCCACAGCCGGCUACAACCCCAAAGGCAUCCACACUGUCAGAGGUCCAGUCACCCGAUUUCAAGACCUUUGUGCCCGAAGUGGGAGCCGGUGACUCGGGGCCCUUGGCCACACCAGCCUCAGGCCACACCACCUCUGAGGACUUGCUCUCCCAGGCCGCCCGACUUCUGCAGGCUGCAGAAGACUCCGACAGCAGCGAGUUUCAGGAAGACCCUGUGUUGCGGGUUCUAAGAGCUCAGAGGGCAGAGCUCCGGAAGCAGAAAAGGAAAGUGGAGGCCCAGUUAUCCCUCCUCUUGGACCACACUGAAGACCCAGCAUCUUCCUCUUCCCCAGCCACGUCACCUUCCAGGUCCCCGAGAAUGCGGUUGAGGAGGGAAGGAGCCUCCCUUGAGGCCAGACGACUUUGAACUGUAAAAGUUCUGUUCUUUCUUCACUGGGGAGAUGGCUCAGUGGGCAAAGCACUUGCAAGUGUGAAGACCCGAGUUCAGAUCCCAGAACCCUCAUAAAGGUAGCUGGCAGGCCAGCUGGCCUGUGGAGACUGGGUCUCAAACAGGGAAGGAGGCAAGGACCAGUAUCUGAAGUCCUGAGCUCCAAACAUGAGUUCUGGGUCACACACAUCUCCAAUUAACAUUUUUCCAGUUUACUAUUAAUCUUUAGAAAAGGAUUGUUGUAAAAAGGCUGAUUGUCCUAAUAUGGACGUGUAACCCUUCCCUGACAACUGAAACAAUUUCUUUUCCGA